AUGGCGGCCCGUCCUCUGGACAUGAAGAUGCUUCGCCCGAAGGCGAAUAGUCUAGGGCACGGGUAUGAACGCUGCGACGACUACGCCUACCCUCAGACCGGACAGGCAUUUGUCGAACGGAGUAUGCGGGAGGCUGGCCAUACCGUCCCGCAUGAGCAAUGGGAGCAUACCCUCCGUAGGCGGCCUCACGACGAACGCACCGGCCUGGCUCUACAUCGGCCUCUCUUCCUCAUCAACGCCCUCGACGAACCCUACGAAGAUCGUAUCGGCUUGCUCAUGAAUGCUCUUUCCCAAUGGUUAACUGAGUCGCGUUACUUCAACAGUCGGCUUGACGUCGUCGUUUACGCGCCGCUAUGCACCUUCGAGGGUGAUGCCGACCCGAAGCAGGCCUGGAUAUCUAGGGCUUUGUCGACGACGCAGGCGCCUUUCAAAGGUCCCGAGUUGCGCGAUGUCGUCAAAUCACCUGUCAUAGGCUUUGGCUCCUGCGACGAAUCCGAGCGCUCGACCGCACGCGGGUGUGCGCAGCGCUGA